UACGGUGUGAAUAUUGAGACAGUUCAUUACAGCAAAUCAAAUUCUGAGUGUGUUAUUAAGAGUGAAAGAGAAAGGCAGAGAGAGAGAGAGAGACUACUCUACUCCCACUACCUGGAGAGGGGGAGGGGCCUGCCCUGUCAGCAGAGUGUGUGUCAGAGCUCAGCAGUCUCAGAUCUUUGCUAUGGUGAGAACACCCAGGAGAGCUGCAUUCCUGAAGCAUCCAGCGAACGAGUGAGGGAGACAGAUAGAAACCGAGAGGGAGAGAAAGAUAGAAAGUACAGACGAACAGAUCAGUUUAGUCUCCAGCCACCUCGUCUGACUCUGACCCCCGCUGGACUUUACCUCCCUCCCUCUUUCACUGGGACUACACUUCCUGAUCCCUCUCUCCAGAGCUUGGAGGAGCGAGUGGAAUCUACCUGAGAGAGAAAAAGCUAGAAAGAGAGCGAGAGCUGAGAAGGAAGACAUUUCCACACCUGAGAGGAGUCAGUAAUACCAUGCAAUGCUGAAUUGAGCCAGAUUGAGCCAAGCCAAGCGGAUCUGAACUGAAGUCCUUGUCGCAUCUCGUAGCGUGGCAUCUCAGAUGGAGCUGAAGGUGUGGGUGGAUGGAGUGGUGCGCGUGGUCUGUGGCCUAUCAGAGGAGACUUCCUGCCAGGAUGUGGUCAUCGCACUGGCUCAGGCCAUUGGUCAGACGGGUCGCUACGUGCUGAUCCAGAGACUGAGGGACUCAGAGAGGCAACUGUUAGCCAAUGAGAAGCCCCUGGAGUCCCUGGCCAAGCUGGGCCAGCACAGCAACGACGUCCAGUUCUUCCUGCGCCGCACCGGCCCCAGUAGCAGUGAUGGACCAGGGUCUGGCUCUGGCUCCAGCCAGGACCGGGUCGUCCCUCUUCCCCUGCCCAAACACCCCGACCCAGAGCCCCUCAAACACAACCAGCCCAAGAAGUCCCUCACCUUCAACCUGGGGCCCUCCACCUCCCCCAGAACCAAAGCCAAGCAGCUCAUCAGGAAGUCUCCCCGCGACUCCCCCGAACAGAGGGCCUCACCCAGCCCCAUCCCUCCCCACCAUGCUCCCUCCCCCUCCCCACACUCCCCCUCCCCCUCUCCCUCCUCACACUCCCCCUCUCCCUCCCCUCCAGUGGGCCCAUCCAAAGAGGAGGUUUUCCGGCAGGUUCUUCAGCAGCAGGAGAGGUUGAGGGCCAUUGAGGCCCAGCUGGAGGCCAUGGAGAGAGACUCUCGGUCCUGGAACAGGGCCUCCCCAGCCCCCUCCCCUUUCCCAGAGGCUCAUCUCCAGGAGGAGAUGGAAGCUCUGGAGCAGGCAGCUAGGAGGAACCAGGCUGAGUUGGCCCAUGAGACGUUCUGGGAAGAAGAGCUGCAGGUGGAGGUGGAGAGAGAGAGGGGGAUGAGGAGGAGGCUGGGGGAGCUCCAUUCCAAGAUGGACGACUGCGGCCGGAGACUCCAAGACUUCUCAUCUCGCUCCGCCCAGCUGGAGCAGCAGAUCCAACGGGAGAGCUUGGGGGGCGGCGCCCAGCCUGCGAGGGCCAAUCAGGCAGGGGGUGAGGAGUCCCUAGGGGUGAUGAGGGCGGAGCUACAGAGCCAGGGGAGGCACAGCGAGGAGCUGGAGGGGGCGUUAUCAGAGACGGACAAGGCUCUGGGGAAGGCCGCAUCACUGCUGCAGGAGAAGCAGGAGGAGUUGGAUGAGCUGAACAAGGAGUUGAGGCAGUGUAACCUGCAGCAGUUCAUCCAGCAGGCGGGAGUCGUGCCGGCACACACACACUCACGCACAGACCUCAGCGACCAGCUGGACCAGCUAGAACUGGCUCACCUGCUACAGGAAGGAUACAGGAACGGAGGACUGGGCCUGCUCCCCUCAGAGUCGCCUCCCCGCCCCACAGCCAAGCAGUUCCUGGGACACCCCCGCAACCUGCAGAACCCGCUGGUGUCCAGCCUCAACCCCGAGGCUGUACUGGGACACCCAGGCAGGUGAUGUAGCUGUGAGUUCUUCAUGAUUCCCCACAGUAUGUCACUGUGUCCCCUCCCCCAGUCAGUCCAGCGAUGCAGGGUGUCUCUCCACCCUCAGAACAACAGGCCUAUUCUCUACAGACAGCUGUGUCUCAACACAACCACAAUGUUACACUGUCACCACUCUAUUUCUGUAUAAAAGAGUGGGCCUCAUUUGAAUGCAAAAAUACAAUUUUUUGCUGCUUACAAUUGAUAAAUGAGGCUCAAUGAAUGACCAUUCUGACUGUAGUGUAAAAUAAAAUUGUGUUUGAUUAUUGUGUCAGAGAGGCUUUUAUGUCUCUGUUUGGGAGAUUACUUCCAUAUUGCCUUGUAUGUUGGUGACCUUUGACUUCCAAAGAGAGAGAGAGAGCCUGACCUCAGAGCUCUGUAAGGUGUAUUGCACAGUCCAUUCUCUCCCCUGUGUGAGGUCAUGAACAAUUUAAACAUGCAUCCUUCCUUCCUUCCUUCCAUGACGUAAUCUCUGAUCCAACUUGAUUGGAUAGGGUAAAGUAAUAUUUCAGAUUAGUCAUUACUUCUAAGGACAGAGAAUGGAACAAUGCAUUUCAGAAGUACUGAUAAAGGGCCACAAACUUAGUAUGUGGGAUGUUGGGUUUCCUCCUAACUGGUUGGAAUGGGUUUCCCCGGUGUGUGUGCUCUCUCCCUCCUCCUUUGGACUGUUUCACUGGCUUUAAUGGGGAAAUAGAAGUAGCAUGCUUGAGGUAGAAGUUGCCCCUCACCACAGAUCUAGGAUCAGAUGUCCCUAUGACCCAAUCCAUUAGGUAGUUAAAUAAUUAUCUGAAUCAGACUCUGAAUCAAUGGUUAGGGCCAACUUCUACCCACUACCAGGGCAUGCUUUACUAUCUCUAUCUAUCAAGCUCUCCUUCCGCCUUAACAAGAAAAUUGGUUUCGAGAAAAGUGUUUUCCAAACCAAACCAAAUGAAUGGAGACAUCAUCCCCACUUAUUUUUGUGUAUCUUGCAGUCGUGACAUCCAGAGAAUCAUCAUGGAGAUAAAACAAGGGACGGCAGGGCCAAGGAGUUGUUCACUGUUCAGUUAAAGGGAUAGUUAACCCAAAUUACAAAGUUACACAAGGGUUUCCUUACCCUGUAAGCAGUCGAUGGACAAGGUAUGACAGCAAUCCAUGCUUUGGUUUAGAUUCCCUGGUACUGUUUCCACAUACAAACGCUUUAGCAUUUGUGGCAAAAAUCUCAUUCAAGUCAUGGGACCGAUAUUGGCAUUUUUUUGCGCAUCAUGUCCAUAUCAUCCAAAAGUAUCUAAAAUUGAUUGUGAAGCUCAACAAAGUCACUUAUAGAUGUUUUCAACAUGAUGCGCGAAAAAUGCUAAUAUCGGUCUCAUGACUUUAAUGGGAUUUGUGGCACAAAUGCUAAAACGUUAGCAUGUGGAAACAGUGCCAGGAACACUAAACCAAUGCAUGGAUUGCUGUCAUGCAUUGUCUAUAGACUGCUUACAGGGUAAGGAAACCAAUAUGUAAUUUAGUAAUUUGGGUGAACUAUCUCUUUAAUGUCACCACCACAUAUUCUAUUUAACCCCUGUCUGUCUUUAUAACUACUGUCUGUCAAUAUUAUUAUCCAGAUUACCACAUAUACUACAGUGGAAGCUGCUGAGGGGAGGACGGCUCAUAAUAAUGGCUGGAAUGAAGUCAAUGGAAUGGCAUCAAACACAUCAAACACGUGGUUUUCAUAUGGUUGAUACCUUUCCAUUGACUUCUAGAAAUGAUUAUGAGCCGUCCUCCCCUCAGCAGCCUCCACUGAUAUACUAUAUACAUACUGUAUAUACUACAUAAAUAUAUUUACAGCAUUUGGCUACUGUAUACUGUAUGAAGUACGAUACAUAGUACCUAUGUAUGAAAUGUAAAAUAAUUUAGGAAACCUUUUACCUAGAGAAUUAUUACUUUGUGUAUUUAAAUAUAAUAAAAGAUGGUGCGUUAUGUUUGAGAUAA